AUGGCUGGUCUAAUAAAAACCUCGGUAAUCAAGUUCAUCAGCCCAAGUCAUGGAGGUAAAAUAGCCGCUUGCACCUUCGUACAGCACCGCAACAUUUCUGGCAAGACGCUCCGCGAGUCUCUGCCCGCGAGGCCUCCGAAGAAGGCCCCCUUCGACUAUGAGAACAAGGAUUACACCUUGAUCCGCAGUCUCUUCGACAGGACUACGCACCGCUUUGAUGAGAACUCUAAAGUGAUAGUGGUGGAGGGCCCCGUGGCGGUCGGAAAGACUAAAUUCGCCGCGAGCCUCGCUGAGGACCUGGGAAUGAAGCAUUUCCCUGAGGCUAACAUGGACCAUCACUACAUUAGGCCAAAUGGGUGUGAUCUGAGGCAAUUCGACCCUUUGGUUCCUGAAGACACUAGGACCUUCGAUCAUAAGAAUUUCAAUGAGUGCCCGAACCACCGUUUGGCUGGAAACUUCCAGAUUAUGUCUUACAUUGCUCGCUACAGCCAGUACAUUGAUGCUUUGGUUCAUCUUUUCAACACUGGCCAAGGAGUGGUGUUGGAGAGGUCUCCUUACUCUGACUUUGUGUUUCUGGAGGCCAUGUAUGCCUCUAAGUACAUCAGCAAGGGUGUCCGCUCGGUGUACUACGAACUGAAGAAUAACACUAUUGAAGAGCUGAUGAGGCCCCAUCUGGUAGUCUACUUGGAUCUGGGAGUAAGCCAGGUCCAGGCGGCGAUCCAGAAGCGAGGUCACGACUACGAAAAGAGCGGCAAGGCGCUCACGCCCGGCUUCCUCACUGAAAUGGAGCGCCAGUACAAAAACAAGUACUUACGCGACAUUUCCACCCACGCUGAGCUCCUGGUGUACGACUGGAGCGGCGGCGGCGAGGUUGAAGUGGUUGUCGAAGAUAUCGAGCGCCUCAACUUCGAGCAAUACACGGAGCGCGAGGAGCCUAAGAUGAAGGACUGGCGUCUGCCCCGCGAGGUGGAGUGGGCAGACCAGAGGAUGCUCUACACCAACCAGAAGCACUACCUCAUGAACCUGUUCAGCAUACCGCGGCUGGACGUGCCCGAGCUGAUAACCGGCCCUGAUGAUGCUUAUGAGAGGGAAAAGGUCAUCUACAACCACCCGAAAUUCGAGUACGAGGUGGGCUACAACAAGGACGACGGCAGCACCCUCAUGAAGAACAAGAUGCCCAAAUACACAGAGUACAUCUAAAUGCAAUGUUUAGUAGGGAAUAAACUUAUUUAAAUUAGAA